GGACUCAUAGUUUAUAUUCUUUGUUCUUCGGUCCUGUCAACAGCCAUGGAUGAUAACGGCAGAUAAAAGAUGAAAAAGUCGACAUAUUCACGUUAUAUUGGGCUUUCAUCACAAAAUGGAAGCAAAGACACUUUUAAAGAAAAAUCAGAAAAGGUUGUCAGUAGUAGUUGACAAAACUAUGGCAAAACUUAACAGUAAAAACAAGAAAAAGAAACAACGGAAAUCUGCGUCAAAAGGAGAUGCUAAAGAUAGUGAUCCGAGUCCAGAUGCCUUAGAAAUUGAAGGGGUCAGGGCUUUAGAUCAAACAGGUUAUGAAUCGGACUCUUCUACUCAAGGACAAAGUGAAAAACCUUUAGAUACCCCUGUUGUGAAGAAUGAGGACAAACGGACAGUCUUAUCUGACAUUAAACAGGAUCGCAAACCAGUAGCCUCCCCUAUUUCACCCUUAGCUGUUCAAUCUUUAUCGGAAUCAAUGACCAAUAUGCAAGUAACAUCCAAAUCUAAAACUGUUUCUUCUAAAGGCAGUAAAACUAAAAGCAAAUCAGGGAAUCAAAGUGGUGCUAAAAACUUAAAAAAGAUUACCGUCAGUGACCCAAGGAAAGGAAAUAACAGAAACGAACUGAAAUCUACGGAAAGUUUAAGAUGGGAAAAUGCUGUCUCUGAUAGUGACGAGGAAAAAGAAAGAAUUAAAUUGUAUAAAAUAAAUCGAAGAAAAAGAUAUUUAGCUUAUGCUCAAGCUCAAGGACUUGGUUGGACUUCUAAAUAUCAAAGCAAUGGUUCUCCAUUGUCGGAGGAUUCUGGGAUAGAGACCAGAGAACAGGAACGUCUUUCAAUUCGUGAUACUCACCCCUCACCAGUGGCCAUUGCUGAUUUUUCCUCUUUAAAAAAGCUAGCACCUAGUCAUACAAUGACUUCCAGUAGUAUGGUGGAAUGUUAA